UGUGAUGGGGAGUCGUUCUCUCCCUGGAUUUCUUUGUUUAUAUGGGUGGUUUGUGUAUUUAGCUUCAAAACCAACAUUUUGUUGUUCCGAGGUUGAUGUAUUAUCAAGAAACAAUGAGUUUUUAACAUGGAACGUGCUAGGUGAAUGUUCAAUAGAAUGGAAAAAUAAAAAGAAUCAUCAAUAUUGUGUUCAAUGGAAGGGAUAUUAUAAAGUAAAACAAAAGAAUCAGAAUGACUUCAAGGCUAGAUCGUCUGUUUGUUCUGCUAGAGACUGGAUCAUCAGGAGUGACUCGCCGCGCAGCUGCAGCUCAACUUGGAGAGGUCCAACGACUUCACCCACAUGAGUUGCACACACUGCUGGGCCGCAUCACGGGGCUGUUGCGCUCCUCAGCAUGGGACACCAGGAUAGCGGCGGGUCAAGCUGUGACAGCGGUGCUGGACAAUGUGCCUCAGUGGGACCCCGCGGGCACAUUAGACAGUAACAGUGAAAAUGCUGAUCCAUUGCAAGCUGUGGUUCAAUCAGGGAGGUUGACGUAUUCGUCUUUUGAUCUGAAAAAUGUAGUCAGCAAGAGCGCUUACCUCAUGGGAUCGGAGGGCAAGGAGUAUGAUACCGAGGAAGAUAAUGUGAUUGGACCAGAGCAGAUGCAUUCUCAGUUGAUGCAAGAGAUGGGACUCCCAGUGAAACUGGACUGUUCUGUCAUCUCACCCGAGGACCUUAGACCGUCCAAGCCUGUCAGACAGAACUCACAACCUCAGAAGAUGAGCCUCACGAAAGUGGUGUCAGAAGGGUUGAGUUGUCGAGAACGAAACCGAGCGAAGAGAAUAGCUCGUCAGACCUCUACUCGGGAGAAAACACAACAGCAGCCUGAAGAGGAGAACGAAGGGUCAGCGGCCAAGAAAGUGAAGCUGGAGGAGGGAGGGGAUGAAAGUAUUGGGAGUGAACCUGUGCCGGACAACACAGGAGCUUGGGGAACGGAUGCUGUAGACUGGCCUCUAGAAGGCCUCUGUGAUUCUCUGUGUGCCGAGUUGUUCAGUACAAGGUGGGAGACGAGACAUGGCGCAGCGACAGCGCUCAGAGAACUAGUCAAGAUACACGGUCGUGGGGCAGGCAAGAGCCAGGACAUCCCUGCUAGUCUGAUGCAGGAGUACCAUCAGCUGUUCCUGGAGGAUGUGUCACUGAGGCUGCUCUGUGUCCUGGCCCUGGACAGGUUUGGAGACUUUGUAUCUGACCAGGUGGUGGCGCCAGUCAGGGAGACUUGCGCCCAGACACUUGGUUCGGUGGUCAACCUGAUGAACAAGGACCGAGUAGAGAAAGUAGUCAGUUGUUUGUUGCAGCUGCUGGACAAUACAGACUGGGAGGCCAGACAUGGAGGUCUGCUGGGGCUCAAGUAUGUGCUGGCAGUUAGACAGGACAUGGUGGGCAGUAUCCUGGGUAAGACACUCUCGGUGAUUCUCGCAGGACUGAAGGACAGUGUGGACGAUGUCGCUGCUGUGGCAGCUUCAGCACUGAUACCAGCAGCUCAGACUAUUGUUUCAGAUUUUCCUCAUCAGGUGUCAUCUAUUGUGACGGCAGUGUGGGAUCUGCUGGCAGACCAGGACGAGCUGGCAGCUGCUUGUAACAGCUUCAUGGGUCUGCUAGCAGCCAUCCUUAGCUUACCCAACACUAGUCAUCUUGUCAGUGCGGAGGAGUGUGUGGUCGCGCGGCUAUGGCCAUUCCUUUCGCACAGCUCAUCGUCUGUACGUCGCGCGACACUGCAGACUCUGCUGACACUGACAGCUGCUGAGGAGAGAGUAGCCUCGUGGAGCUCAGCACUGCUGACUGAGGCACUAAGGAAUGUGUAUCAACGUGCUCUGAUAGAACCUGUACAGGAGACACAGGCUCUGGUGGAGCGGGUAUGGAACAAUCUGGUGCACAACAGUCAGUUGAGUUCGCUGCUUGUUGCAGUCUGUCCCUUUGUCAGUUGUUGGCUGUGUCUCGCCAUGCAGCCUGCCAAAAUGCACUUUGAACCUUCCGCUCUCAUACAAACAAGAUCUGAGGUGAAAGGCAAGCGUAACAUAGAGAAGGAGCAGGUGGCAAGUGAGCUGAAGGUGUAUCUAGGUGGCAGUGAGACUACACCAGCUGCUACACGGGAACAGAACGUCAUGAGGUGCAGGUGUAUGGCGGCCAGGAUGUUAGGUUUGCUGUCAUGUUACAUAGUGAAGCCAGCGCCAGGCAUUGUUUACACACCUGAAAUAGAAACACCAAUCGAGUGCUACGUUAAGGUCCUCCUAGUCUACCUCAACUCCAAGUCGGCUGUACAGAGGUUGGUGACGGGGCUAGUGAUUGCGGAGUGGGGCAGACUCGCUCCUCCUGAGCCACCUCCCUCUGUGCUCUCCUCUCGGCUGCAUGCUUGUCUCGCGGAAGCAGUAUAUUAUGAUGAGAUUGCGCUCGGGUUUACUCGACUGCUGCAAGACACAAGGGAUUUUAUCGCAACCUUAAAACACUAUAAGUUGCCGUUCCAUAGCGAACAGUACGGAAAGGUGCUGACUCUAGAUCAGAUACAACAGUUGGCAGGGCCUGUGGCAUCUCAGCUGCUGACCUCCAACAAACUGAAGCCCAAAGUCGCAGAGAGUCUGGAGGAGCGACGCAGAGUCAUACAAGGAGCUGUCAGUCAAACUGCCUCCGACCAACAGCUGUUGACUGUCUCGACGCAGGCUGCUCUUGUUGGAGCUGUGUUGAUGUUGAGAUGUCUUCCUGAGAAGUUGACACUCAUAAUUAAACCUCUGAUGGACUCUGUGAAACGUGAGAAGAAUGAGAUACUCCAGAAUCUUUCUGCUACUCAUUUGGCCCAUCUAGUCAAGAUGUGUGUUGACAGAACGCCAUGUCCCAACACCAAGAUAAUCACCAACCUCUGUAUCCUUCUCAGAUCUGAUCCUGAGUUUACACCUAGGGUGGGGGAACCUGAGAGUAUUACUGGUGCUGACAGUGGAGUUGAAAGCUCUUCUAGCAGUAGAACCAACACACCUACAGUCAACAGUGACAAAUUCAAUGGGAUUCUGACAUUACAGAACCAGCAGAAGAAUGCUGAGAGAGCUGUGUUCAAGAGAGCCAACUCGACGGGAGGCAGAGGUCCAGGUCGACCUCCCACCACUGACAUACCGUUGGAGGAACUGUUUGCUAUGGAUGACGAGGCACACAAGCUGGCCAGGGUUCAGAGGCGUGGUGCCACAGCAGCUCUCACCUCCAUAGCCGUCCGUCUUGGUCCCGAUGUCCCCACCAAACUGCCCCGACUGUGGGAGAGUGUACUCACACACCUACAGGACACUGUUGGUGCUGCUACCUUUGAUGUGAAAAGUGCCAUACACAAUGACUCAUCUGCCGAGGAUCUAGUCUCUAGUAUGCAAGUUUUAGAAGUUGUGUCUCCGUCCCUUCACUCAACUCUUCUACCUCAGGUUUUGCCAGUUUUAGAUCAGCUCUGUGAGCUGCUGCAACAUCCGUACAAGGCUGUGAGGCACAUGUCUGCGAGAUGUGUAGCUACUCUGUCCGCCCUGGACACACCUAGAGUCAUGGAGGUGCUGGUGACCAGGGUAGUGCCAUUGCUAGACGCAGCAGAUUGUGUCACCCGGCGGCAAGGUGCCACAGAGUGUUUGGCCUGCGUCGCCGAGAAACUUCAACUCAACAUUGUUCCAUACAUUGUUCUACUAGUCGUUCCACUGUUAGGCAGGAUGUCAGACCAAGAUUCGUCAGUGCGGUUGCUGGCCACACACACGUUUGCAGCCCUUAUACAGCUGAUGCCUCUGGAAGGUGGGGUUGGUCCUCCUGUCAACCUCCCAUCCACACUAUCUCGCCAACGCGAUAGAGACAGAGAAUUUCUGGAACAGCUAUUCCAUCCAGGAACCAUCCCGGACUACCAAGUCCCUGUGCCUAUCCGAGCAACCCUACGGUCAUAUCAACAGGCAGGAGUGAACUGGCUGGCAUUGCUGAACAAGUACAAACUCCACGGGAUCUUGUGUGAUGACAUGGGUUUGGGCAAAACACUGCAGUCCAUCUGUAUCGUGGCUGGGGACCAUUACACAAGGAGCCAGAAGUUUAGGGAGACAGGUAGUGUUGACUCUGUACCUCUACCCUCACUGGUUGUAUGUCCUCCUACACUCACAGGCCACUGGGUGUAUGAAGUAGACAAGUUUCUGUCACCAGAAUAUCUCAAUCCUCUUCACUAUGCUGGACCUCCUGUUGAGAGAGAAAAGUUGAGAAUAAAAGUGGCACAACACAAUUUAGUUGUCGCCUCUUAUGACAUUGUUCGCAAGGACAUAGAUUUUUUCUCCAGCAUUCAGUGGAAUUACUGCAUUUUAGAUGAGGGUCAUGUUAUCAAGAACGGUAAAACCAAGUCGUCCAAGGCCAUCAAGCAGUUGAGAGCCAAUCAUCGGCUGAUCCUGUCAGGCACUCCUAUACAGAACAACGUGUUGGAGCUGUGGUCCUUGUUUGACUUCCUCAUGCCAGGCUUCCUUGGCACAGAGCGGCAGUUCACAGCCAAGUACAGCAGACCCAUCCUGGCCUCUAGAGACCCCAAGAGUACACCUGCAGAGCAGGAGGCUGGAGUUCUUGCUAUGGAGGCUCUUCACAAGCAAGUUCUUCCUUUUGUCUUAAGAAGAAUGAAGGAAGAUGUACUCAAGGAUCUACCACCAAAAAUCACUCAGGACUACUACUGUGACUUGAGCCCUCUACAAGAGAGACUGUAUGAAGAUUUCUCCCGGUCCCGUAGCUUAUCUGACAUCAGUUCUACGCAGAGCAACAACACACACAUCUUCCAGGCACUGAGGUAUUUACAGAAUGUCUGCAACCAUCCUAAGCUAGUCCUCACUCCACAGCAUCCUGAGUUCCAGAAGAUCUUAGCAGAACUGAAGUCUCACAACUCAUCUCUCUCAGAGAUUGAGCACGGCUGCAAACUACCUGCUUUAAAACAACUGUUGCUGGAUUGUGGCAUAGGUACAGCGUUGGAUAACUCUACAGCAGCUCCUGUAGUCUCUCCUCAUCGAGCUCUCAUCUUCUGUCAGAUCAAAGCAAUGCUGGAUAUUGUCGAGAAUGAUUUGCUCAAAAAGCACCUUCCAUCAGUGACGUACUUGCGGCUGGAUGGCUCAGUACCUCCGAGUUGCAGACAUAAUGUCGUGGCAAGGUUCAACUCUGACCCCUCCAUAGACGUGUUGUUGUUGACCACUCAAGUGGGAGGUCUAGGACUCAAUCUUACCACUGCUGAUACUGUGAUAUUUGUGGAACAUGACUGGAGCCCUAUGAGGGACUUGCAGGCGAUGGACCGAGCUCAUCGUAUAGGACAGAAGCGAGUGGUCAAUGUUUACAGACUCAUCACGAGAGGCACGCUUGAGGAGAAGAUCAUGGGGCUGCAGAAGUUCAAACUGGUGACUGCCAACACAGUGAUCAGUGGCGAGAACUCGAGUCUGGAAACCAUGGCUACAGACAAGCUGUUGGAUCUGUUCUCCUUGGAAGGCAAGAACACCUCGGGUCGCUCAGGCUGGCCAAACUCCUCGUCUAACCUGACUAUGAAGAGUGUAUUGGCAAACCUGCCCGACUUGUGGGAGGAGACCAGCUACGAGGAGGAGUACGACUUGAGCAACUUUGUAAAAACCCUUCGUCAAUAAAACCUGUGUUUGUGUA